AUGCAGGUGCCAUUGUUGCGGCUUCAGUGUGGCUGCAACAGCUACGACUGGGGAAAGGUUGGAGAAGACUCUGCUGCCGCCAAAUAUGCCUCCGCUACCCCUUCGGAAGGCUUCUCGAUACAAGAGGACAAACCCUACGCAGAGCUAUGGAUGGGCACGCACCCAUCCCUCCCCUCCAAAGACCUGACCACCGGCCGCUCACUCCUCGACCUCGUCGGCGACAACCAAUCCCUCAUGGGCUCCGACAUAACCAGCAAAUACAACUCCAAACUCCCCUUCCUCUUCAAAGUCCUGUCAAUCAACAAAGCCCUCUCGAUUCAAGCCCACCCCAACAAGAAGCUGGCCGAGAAACUUCACGCCCAAGACCCCAAGAACUACCCCGAUGACAAUCACAAGCCCGAAAUGACCAUCGCCAUCACCCCCUUUGAAGGCCUCUGCGGCUUCCGGCCGCUCCAACAAAUCUCCGGAUUCCUCGCCACCGUCCCGCCUCUUCGAGAAUUGGUCGGCGACGACAACGCCAAAGGCCUCGAGCGCGCCGCCUCAUCCUGUGAGCCCGCCAAACCCGCCCUCCGCGCCGCCUUCACCGCCCUGAUGAAGAACUCCAAGGACACCAUAACCGCCAAAUCCAAGGACCUGCUCUCGCUUGCCGAAGGCAACAAACUCAACCCUCCCGAACUCAACGAACUAGUCACCCGCUGCAACACCCAAUUCCCCCACGACAUCGGCCUCUUCGUCCUCUUCUUCCUCAACUACGUCAAGCUCUCCCCCGGCCAAGCAAUGUACCUCAAAGCCGACGACAUCCACGCCUACAUCUCCGGCGACAUCAUCGAGUGCAUGGCCUCCUCCGACAAUGUCAUCCGCGCCGGCUUCACACCCAAAUUCCAGGACGUCAAUACCCUCACCGAGAUCCUGACCUAUGACCACGAACCCGCUGAGAAGCAGUAUUUGCAGCCGGUGGACUAUCCGUAUGUAAAGCUGGAUCGGGCGGCGUAUUCAAGCAAUUCGGAGAUUUUGCUGUAUGACCCGCCGAUCGAGGAGUUUUCGGUCGUGCGCACCGUGCUCAAAGCUAAGGAUGCUAAGGCCACAUUCGAGGGUCUUGCGGGACCAAGUAUCGUCAUCUGUACGAGCGGCUCCGGCAAAAUCAGUGUUGGGCCGAAGGAAGAAGAGAUCAAGGAGGGGUUUGUCUACUUCGUAGGCGCGACUGCUGAGCUGGUGCUGCAAAGUGGGAGUGAGGAGAUGGUCACCUUCAGGGCCUUCUGCGAGAUCGAUGGGCAUCAGAACGGUACUAACGGGGCGUGA